GUCCGUAAAGGCGCACGAUAUGAGCGAACUGCACGCGCAGGCUACAGCAGGACAGUGUACCUACAGUAACCUGGUGGGUCUCUCUCCACCUAAAAAUGUCUGUGUCUUUAAAAAGAAGUCUUUACCGAGCGGUGCAUGAUGUCAGGCUGCUUACAGUCCGUAUACUGUUCAUGUGAGCGGCGUUCACUUCCUGCACAGGGACGGACAGAAGCGGGCAGAGAGAGAAGAGUGGGAUAGAGAGAGUGAGAGAGAGAGAUGGGGGACGAAGAAGAGUGAUAGAGUAGAGAGUGUGAGCCAGCGGACGAGGGGAAACCGGGCCUGCUUCUUCUUCUUCUUUUCUUUUUUUGGUACACCCCGCAAACUUUAGGCUAUAGGUUACCCGGGGAGAAAGCUUACCACAUCUGCGCCAGCUGACAACCGCAGUUUAUGGACCAGCGACAUAUCGGGUAAAUACAUUAAACCCUCCUUUUUGUUUCUGUCUUUUCUUCUUCUUCUUCGUUGUUUACAGUGGCUGAUUUGUAUGACGCAUAGGUUUCACCAUGCAUUAUUCUCUCCGCGCUACUCCUCCAUUUACAAUCCACAAUAGGCAGCCGCAGUAUGGCUUUGACAAACCAAAAAUCAACUCUUCCUCUUGACAGCCGAGCUUUUAGAUUGAAUUGUCACAGCAGUUUUGACUGAGUGACACUCUUAAACUUUUAUGAAGUGUGGUCACGAAAUGUGGAGAUUUCAAGCGGAGGAUGGUGGGGAGGUGAAUCCCGCUGCACGCCUCUCUAAAAAGAAAUCAAUCAGACUUGUAGUUUUUGACUUUUGGUAGGGUUUGAGUGCAAUUUAACAGAUCUUACACCAGAUACUAUUGUCAUAAGCUUCUACUGUAGGUAUGUAGAAAUAAUGUUAGUCUUGCUUCAUGGUGAACUAAAAAAAAUCUUCACCCAUAAUGCAUCCAUUGUGGGGUUAUAUAUGGUGCAAGUGUGCUUUACAGAUUAUUUCACAUAAAUCUACUUGAGUUUGUAGUGUUUUCAGGGAUUUUCUCGCUCAAAAAUGUAAAUAAAUGUUCAGGAAAAGUACUUAACCUCAAGUAAUAUGUCUGCACAAGAUUAAAAAUGCACAGUACAAAGUAGAAAAUGUCAUGUCUGUGUAGAUUAGUUGGUUGAAAUAGUUUAAAACAAAGUUUCAUUGACACACUUUCACUGUCAGUUUCAGUGGUGUCAGUUCUGUAUAGGUUGUGGCUCUGUUUACCUCACCUGAACCCUGCAGGAGCCAUCUGACUACCCCACCCCACCCCCCACCCCCCACCCAGCCCACCUCCUCCUCCCCCUCCUCCUCCUCCUCCUCCUCCUCCUCCUCCUCUGUGUGUACAUGGUUGCAGUGUGUGGCUAGCCGGCAUGUAGCUUGUGGCAAUUUUCUUCAUUUCCUGUCACUUUCCUUCCCUCUCACAAAUGCUCUCACUCUUAGUCCACAGUCAAACGGUUUGUUUGUUUUUUUUCUCAAGAUGACUACACCAGAAAUUCCCCAACAUUCGAAAGUUUGGAACAAUUUAUGUCAGGGCUAAUGUGGAGCAUCUGGGUCCCUGACAGGUGUCACGCAGGUGGGAGGUUGAAUCGACAACUUAAAACUUGUCUUAUAUAUCGCCACAUGGAUCAUUUUAGUAGCUUAGUUUGAAGUCCGAAGCUUCCUUUCUUAUUUUUCAACGUUAAAUCCCACUUCUGAGUGCUCCGGGGCCCAUAUGUUUCUGCUCUCCUCAUGCAAAAACAUCAUGGGGGAUCACAAGAUGUUCUGUACUUCCCUUUUGGAGACUUAAACCACUGUGAAUCCAUAGGUGUACCUGCCAGCCCUAAGGCAACACAAAGACGGCUUUUAUUGAGUUAGUUUAUGAUAUCCCCUCGCCCCCUCCUCUAGUACAGGGAAAUCAGUUCCGGGUAGUGUGUGAUUGCUCAGCCAAGUUUCUAUCUUCGGAGUUUAACACUACAUACAUGGAAAAUGUGGGACCUUUUUUUUCUCUUUCACUCUAAACCUUCCAACACCGCUCGUCUUUGACUUGGACGCCCGCCAAAGAGUUGUGAUGGCUCUCAACAGCUGUAUUUGUCUGUGUGUGUGUGUACGUGUGGGUUUGCGUGUGUCGGUGGGGGAGUGUGUGAGCAUGUGUGUGUAUGAGUGUUUGUGUGCUCUCGCUGUGUCCUGGGAUGCCCUUCCUCCAUAGGCCUCACACACUAUACAGCAUUCCACAAGGGGGCCCGGGGCUGAGAGCGAGUGGGGAGUGUCAAGGAGAGAGAAUGACAACACCGUUUCAUAUAUAACCCGGGCAGAUACCGACAGAGGAGGGUGACAGGAGGAGAAAUAGAGAGAGUGUGAGAUUCUUUACUUGUUGAGGGUCUUUCCUUAUCGCUUCAUCGACCCAUAAAUGCUGAAAAGUAGAUUUGGAGAUGAAAGGGUGAGACUGCAUUACACUGAUUGUGAUCUUCAAUACCAAGACUUUCGGCCUCCAUUGAGUUCCUAUAUGAAGUCAGUUAUCUAAAACUCUAACUCUGGUUGCCAUAAACUGUACUUAACUGUUUCAUCUUCACUUUGACAUAUCCUGAACCAAACUUGAUUCAAACAGUAGACUUCAGUCCCCAUUUGCUGUGGAAACUAACCCUUUCUGUGGUAUAAAAAAGCCCUCUUUUUUGAUAUAGCCUUUGGUUAAACCAACAUUUGAAACUCAAAAGACUUCUGUUUACACUUUCUUGCCUCUACUAGAGUGUUUUCUGGAUCAAACUCCAUUCAAACCCAGGAGUUUUUUGUCCGUAUUUACUGGGUAAACUGCAACCGAAUGACACUGAAAUCUUCUCUACCUUUUAUUAGGACAUGUAUUGAACCAAAGUCCAUUCAGAACUGGAAGACUUUAUCUUGUCUGAUUUGUUGCUCUCAAUUGAAGCAUUUUUUUUUUGCUAAAAGUUAAAGUCAAAACUUGUAAACUUCACCCUAUAAACAUCUUUUAUGAAGACACACACUGAACCAAACUCCAUUCAAAAGUUUCACAUUUGUGUCUCUCUUUUGCUGUAACUGCACUGAUUUUCAGAUCCCCUUUUUCAUCUCAACUUUUAUCGCACAAGUCUACUUUCUUGUCUCUGAUUUUAAAUAUUUUUCUUUGAAACUUAUUGAACCUGAACAUCACCUAAAACUCUGUUCAAAACUGAAAGACGUUUUCCCCUUUUCUUUCCGUUAUUGAAUUAUUCUCUGAACCCAACCACUUUCGUCUGUCACUUUGAUGAUGAAAUCGUCACCUUACUGAUAUAAAAGUUCCCCUUCUUUCUUUGACACUCAUUGAACCGAACUCCAUGUAAGGCUUGAAGGCUUAAGUCCCCAUCUGCCCUCCUUUUGUUCAAGUAUUUCCCAAACCAUGCUUUAACAUUUUUUUGGGAAACUAUACAUUAAUGCUACAGAAACUCUUGUCCACAUUAAACCAAGUCCACUGAAAAUUUAAAGACUUUUGUCCCUAUUUUCCCCGUCUGCAUGCCCCCAUGCUUAAUGCCUGUGUUGCUUGUAUACUCAUGCAGGGAAUGUGUUUAUGUGUGUUUGAUUUUCCUCUGCUGAUACAGUAAUGACUCACUGCUGAUGGUAUGUGAUACAGUGCACCAGUCAUAUAGUCACAUAAAUUAGUCUUGUGUUUUCUGCAUAGGGCAGAGUCUGUUGUAGUUAAACCCUGAUGGAUUAGAAAGAAAAAAAAACGUCUACUGCUUCUGCUGCAGUGGUUGGUGGUGUGUUCAGACUUGUUGAUCUGCAGCUAAUUGAGAUGAAGUUUAGACUUCAAAGAAAUAUAUUUCUGCUGAUUUGAAGAUAGUUUUAUGUGGUGCAGAUGUCCAUCUUAACAUUACAUAAUGCAGCAGCUGGAGGGAAAGACAAUAAUAGAUUUUAUUUGAAGGUAAUUCUUAUUCUGUCUACACUUUCAGCUUGUCUCCAGCAUACAGCAGUUUCCGAUUUAGUGUGUAGGUGUCAAGGCGAUUUUCUCUUGAAGAGGUAACAAUUAGAAUCAGCUUGCAAAUUAAAGCUCUCUAUUUCAAUUCCUGCGGUGAAUUUCUUCUUUUGAAAUAUUUGUCUACACAUGCUUUUUUUGUUUCAUUUUUGUUAAACUUUUGCAACAUUUAGAAUAUUUUAUACAAGACUGAAGGACAUCAAGAUCGUGGUGCGCUCUUCAGUUUUGGUGAUACAUCUUGGAUUACAAAACUAAUUCCACAUAAAUGCCUGCUAAAUCAGAAAAUCUGAGAUGUGUUUGAUACUCAAAAUCAAAAAUUCUAAGUUGUCUCUCAACUCUUGACCUGCAGGUGAAUAAUUUGAGGCUUGGCUGACCCGACUUGUCCACAUAUUUUCUCAAUCAAAGGUAAAAUUAAGUUGUGAGUCACUUUAAAUCAGAUUGACUGCUAAACGGCUGAAUUUGGCGGCACUACUGACAGAUAAAUUCUCACAGAUAAACCAAAUUAUAGCUAAAGGUUCGACUGGUCUGAUGUCUCAAUAAAAUAGACUUAACUACCUGACAAAAUAGUGAACUUUCCCACCUCAAUUAACAAAUUUUAGACUAGAAAAAGGACAAGUCAUGAAGUCCUAUUUUCUGAUGUACAAUUGUCAGACCUCAUUGACAGAGUUGCUACCAGGAGAUUUGCAUUUCUUUCUAGCAUGGCACUAUUAGUUUGCAACCAAACUGAUUUGCAUACCACAUGUUUAUGGCGUAAGAGCAAUUGCCAAAGCUACAAAAGAGGAUUUGGGCUUUUCCUCGAAUACACGCUUAGUUUACUGGCAAUGGGGUCGAAGUUUUCUUUCUUAACACGACCAGCUCUUGAUUACACAGGAACAUAACAGAUAAAGGUGAAACAUAUAGGGAUACAUGUAGGAUUUUUCCUGCUUAUGUACGCAUCCCUUUACAUUAGUUUAUUAUUCUACUUCAGUUUUUGGUUCAUGCAGAGACGGUGAUUUUGCUGUAGAUUGACACUGGUGGGUAUAUAUAUGAUUAUCUUAUUGGUUCUUUUGUUUAUUCACAGUGUCAAAUGUCACAGGUAUGGUCAGCGUAUGGCGAGUAGAGGCUGGGAAACACAAGCUUGGAAAAAAGAGGGUUAAUGAGAGAAAGAGAGGAUCAGCGAAAGCUAUUAGGAACCUUAAAAUGUUACUGAUUCGGGCUGUUUUGGCUUGCUACGAGCUUUUCAGGAAGCCUUCCAAGAAUUUAGACAAUGAACAGUAAACAUGGCAUGUUCCUCCGAACAAUUCCACAUUAGAUCUCAAACAUCACGUGUCUCUCUUGUUUUUUUUUUUUUUUCUACUUCUCAGAAUCGACAGCCCCCACACCACAGUGCAUUGCAGAUAACUGUAGCAGCUACAUUUCACUUUCCCUGCGUAUGUACUGUACUUACACUUGACAAGGAGCUCUCACAAACUGGCAAAUGUGCAGAAUCUCUCUCUCUCCUGCUUUCUCUCUCUCUCUCUCUCUCUCCCUCACUCUCCCUCUCGUUCUGUCUCAGAGAUUUCUGGUAAGUGACAUGUUUGGCCGUUGGCAUAAUGCCUAGCAAGAUCACAUGGCAUGAAUGUCGUGCCUGUGUAUGUGUGUCUUUUUGUGCGUGUGAGAGAGAAUGUGUACGUCUGUGCAUUUGUGCUCGGGUAGAAAAAAAAAAAAGAAAGAGAAAGAGAGGGGGCCUGUGCACAUUUGAUUGUUCCAAGUAUUUUCAGCAUGAAAAGGAGCACGUAGCCGUAGCAGGGAAUUAAAGAGUGCCGAGAAGUAUGACAAGGAUGGGUUUCUGAUAUAGUCAUAAGAUCACUUUUUCUAAAGGGAUGGAAAAUUAGAUCUUGCACCAUUAUACUUCAUAGUGGGAGCAAUUUUUGAUGGUGUUGGUUGCAUCGGCACAUUAAACAUUCAUGAAGGUUAUGUGGGCUUAUAGAGAGCUUAUUUCACAAUGAGAAAUCCUGCUCAUACUUAGCAUUUCAGAGUAUUACCUGGUGCUUGAUUUCCACUUCUGGGAACCUUUCUUAAACUCCCUUUGUGUGUUUAAUUUACUGUAAGUCAGGGAUCACAACCACAAGGUCACUUCAGUUAGCUUGAAUAGAGAAAACGCGAAAGCUUAAAUCAGCUUCCAGACUCCCCCCUUUUCUUUGCAGAGGCUUUAAUGUAACUGAAGACCGAACAGGUUUUAAAACAAUUUACUCGGUUCUUUAGAGUUUCAGUGAGGGGGACAUUAGAUUUACUGUGAAAGUCAAACCUAUAAUUCGGGGGGGAUGACGCACGCAGACAUGCACAAACACACACGCGUUCACAUCACAUAAAUAAACUCCCCAGAUCAUGCAGCUACAUACACACUCACUCAGAAAAAGACACAGAGAGAGGGCGAGUAGGCACUGUGGAUGGCAUUUAUCCUCACAGCCCACCUCAAUUUUCCGUGCUCUUUUGCUGUGUGCUGUACAUAAUUAAAUCGCUGCUAACUUGAGGCCACUCUCAAGACUCCUGCCAGUAAACAAAAAGUGCUAAUUAGUACAUAAGGUAAUAAGUGAGGACAGAAAAUGAGAUGACCCCCCUCCUCUGUGGCAGUGGCCUGGUCUGUAUGUGCUCCUCAUGUCUUAACAGCCUGGCAGACGCUGGUAGAGGCCAGUGGAAAAAGAUAGGAAUCCAAGGCGGCUAGUAUUUACUACACCCCCUGCCCCACACCCAACCCUUUCCACGGCUAACAUACGUAAGUAAUUAUAGCUAAAUCACAGCACUACCUAUCUGGUGAUUUCAUUACAAUUGUGCACAGUGGGGAAAGCCACCUUGGACUUAAUUUUUACAGACAUUUAUCAACUUCUUCAUUUAUUUUCAGUAUGUAAAAUGCAAAAAACUUAAAUAUUUCAUUGUUUUGUUUUUUUUUAACUUGUCAACAUUUCUGUUAAAGCUCCUAUCAAGAACUUGAUUUUUGAGCUCCUUAUUGCUAAAGUGGGUCCUCUUAUUCUUUUGCAGAUUUUGUCUUAAAGGUGUAUGAGUUGUUGUUUUUUUUUUUCAACCUAGAAAAAAAUAUCAUUUUUCUUUCCUUUAACAAUGAAAGAAACAUAUCACUCUUUGUGAAUCUUCACAUUGUCUGCAGCCUGCCCCCACAGGAACAGAUUCAGACACUGAAAAUUACAAGAUAACCGACCUUUAUACUGAUAGUCCUGUUAGAGGCAACAGUGCUGACUUCAGUUUGCUUUAGUACCUGCUAGAAACUCCUCAAAAAGCAGCUUUGAUAAAUACCAUAUUUAUGAGAGUGAACAUCAAGGAAAUGUGGCCACUUUUCAUUAAGAUUAUUAUGGGUAUAUCUUCCUUAUACCUGUUCAUCAAGUCACAGUUUCUGAGGCAUCGUUUCGAAGAUAAUGUCAGUGUGGUGUCAACUGCACUUCUUCAACUGGCCACUAGAGGGUGGUUACAUAAACAAAUCCAUCCCCACAGAGGCCGGUCUUAAAAGUUCCAACUCUUUCCUAGAAAUUUCUGGUGGCACUGGUAAGCAGAUUUCUCCCUGUUUUUAGAGAUUACUUGGUUAGCUAUUGUCAUGCCAGCUAAGCUAACAUCCUGAUGGCUAUAGCUUCGUUUAUAAUGCAGAGACUGCCGCUCAAACUGGCACAAAAUUCGUGAGGUUAAGUAUCAAGAAGUUCAAAUGUAAGAAAGAAGGUAUCUGCACAAUCAGUAUACUGGGCCCUGACUAAGUGUGUGGGUAUCCUCAUGCGAUAAUGGCUGUGUUUAUGACACAAAAAUUGACAGUGGUAUUUAGAUAUACUCAUUUAUUUUAUGAGACCAAAGAAGCCCUGAAGGAUAGAUUUUUUUUUUUUAAAUUUUUUGGAAAGUAGGCUUUUUGUUUUCUGCUGUCAUGCUAGGACAAGCUAACUUGCUGCAGGCGGUUGCUUUAAAUACUCUAUACAAGUAUGGUAAGGGUCUGGCCUUUUGAUUUAACUUAAAGAAAAAAAAAACAAUCAAACAUUUGUAUGAGGAUUUAUUUUCAACACAGCUAGUUCCAAACUUAAGACUACAAUGGCCGUCUUUGAGACCAAACAGUUCGGGGGCUUGCUCGAAGUGCAAAAUGCGGAACUCUUGGGCAUAAGAAGAUGUGCUCACCACUAAAUUUAACCACAAGAAAGUGGGAAAUGAGGGGAGUAAGUUAGUCAUAAAACUAAUGGAGAUUUAAGCUUGAUAAAUUUGCCAUUGUGGUCCACUUGCAGUACCAUCAGAACUCACUAGGAGGCCACAGCUCAUACUUUUGGAGUCACUUCUUUAUUAUUGAAAGGUGCAGUGUGUAGAAAGGGGAAUAUGAAAUAAUACCUUGCAGUCAGAUUGGUGACUUAAAUUCUCCUUUACUCACUUCUUCCUUUGGUGAAACCACAGUGGACAAGAUGUGAACCUCUAUAUGUCAAAUUUUUACCUUGAAAACUUGAGUCAACACAAAAUUAAUACAGACUCUGGUAUUCACAACUAAUGUUAAUAUAAAAGGCUUGUUUAAAGUUAACAAAACACGUUUAACAUUUAGGGAAGUAUACAGUAAUUUAAACAAACUUAAGAUUGUUGUAAUACUGAGCUUUCUGCUAAAUGCUAUGAAUACUACACACUGUACCUUUAAAGUUGUGAAAAGCAUGAAGACAGGUAUGAGACCUAAUGCCCCUUGUUCUCAGUUUAUCAGCAGUAUCAGUUAAAGUUUUUUUUUUUUUUUAAUGUGAUAUCCUACUGAGAGUCAACAGGAACAAUGAUACCUUUGUACACAGUGAUGUACAGCAACCACAUGAAGUCAAAUAAGGUUUCGCCUUGAUCAGUUCUUGGAAACAGUAUAGCAAUCUUUGUCUAAAGGGCUCCAGUCUUACCUAACAUGUGUUUUGAUUGAAUCCUGCUCAACCAGCCGACCCACAUCUAUAUGUAUGCAGUGUAUAUAAUAGAAAAAAUGCGUAGGAUGUUUCUGCUCUGAGAGGGUGCGGCCUAUUUCCAUGUUGUUUACUCAAUUCUUGCUCGAGACAGAGAUAAACAGGCUCUGUUAGGAAAGGUCAGCUAGGGUCCCUUUCGGUGUUUUACUUGCGUGAUGAGGUUAACCAAGGUGACAUGUCAUUUGAGCACACAUAUGCUAGCUUAGUCUGGUGCUGACUGGGAGAUUCGUAGGUCACAGUAAAGUGCAUGUGGGUGGGAGUCAGUUGAGGGGAGGGGAGUGUGCACUCAAAAUAAAUGUGUAUGUAACACAGAACACUUGAACAAGCCGUCUUUUAUAAUGCAUAAAAACACAAGACUACAUUAUGAUUGUAAUCAUGGGAAAUCUUUGCUGCAUGUCAUGAGACAUUCUUUUGAUUCACCUACUCUGAUCAUGAUAUCAAGCAGCAUUCGUUCCCCUUCAGUUUUUUUCCCCCCUCCCAUGCAUGAGAAUGAUUUAAAGUGUUCUGUCUGCUCUAAUUGAAAAUGUACAGUCGAUGUGGCCGCUGCUCUCUCUCUGUAUGUCUUUGUGUGGGUGUGUGGGUGUGUGUUUGUGCAUGCCUGUCUGUAGACAGUGGGGCAGUGAUGCUGAAAGAUGUGUCCUCAUUUUUGCGUUGCACCGGGCUCCUCUGGCGGUCGUGUUGGGCUGCUCUCUCUCUCUGAUGUCACGCAUGUGUCACUGCAGAGCAUUCAGCUCAGAAACGACGGCGCGCGGCGAUCAAAAUGGCAUGUGUAUUCUCUCCAUAUCUCCACCCUCUUGUCUUUUUCUGUGUCACCCUCUUCCUGUCACUCACUGUCGGUGAUGAAACUCAUACAUUCGAUCUGUCAUUCUUGUUCUUCUUUUCUCAUCACACCCCUCUUCCUAGGAAAAUCCCAGUUAAAGCGAAAAACGUUUUUUGCUUUGGAGGAAUUCAACAACAGCACUUGAACAAUUACAGGUGCCAUAAUCCUGGCAGAGUACAGCCUCGUUUUAUGUGCCUCUUUGAACAUUCCUCUUACCUAGCAUGACCCUGUUUGAUUGACACCCUUGCAGCUGCUGUUAUUCUAUGAAUUGUUCUUGGAUGAAUUGCUGCUCACAUUGCGGGGACACGUGAAUGCCUAUAGAGCUUUUCAUUAUAACUGUGUCACAACAUAUCAUGUGAAAAAUCUAUGAAGCCCGUUUUAUGUAAUGCGACACUGUUAAAUGAAAGGAACUUGACCCAUUUAGGCACUUUGAUACAGGAAUUCAGAAGUGGGGGAUAAAUUAGGGCUUUGACUGAAGAUGCUGAAAUGUUGGGUUAAGCCUAGUCAUAAGUGUUUUCUCGGCAUGAAGGGGAGCGUUUUUUUCGUGCGAUUAUUUCGGACGUCUAUAUAUUUUUUUUCGUAUCCUGUCAAUACAAGCGUUCACACCAGCGACGUUUUCCCGUCCUGCGAUAUUGCGGCAUUUAUUUUUUUUCCAUCACUGUUGAUUUUUCUAAAGUUUCGCAUACUGUGUGUCCACUUUUGACCAAUCGGAUUGCGAGUUGUUGCAACGUCAGAUUCACCAUGGCCGACCGGCUGAUUAUUUAUGUGUUGGAGAACAGAGUGCUUUUUGAUAAAAAAAACUUGUGGAGAGUCAUAGUGUUGGAUUUCUCACAUGACGAUGGUUUGUGUGCUUUAACAGUUUGCUAAACGUCUUUGUUUUAACUUUCAUCUGUGCUAAGUAACUUUAGCGCAUGAGCUAACCUGUUCACAUACAACAUACCGUAUGUAUUUUUCACUUAGGUCUCGGUUGUUACCUUACGUUUAUGGAUUAUAGUUUAAUGUGCUUAUCUGGUACUGGCCCCGACUCAGUACAUGCUAUCAUGACACACAGCCAUCUCAACACUAAUGUCUAAUCAGAACUGACGGUCAGUCUGGUGUUGUGUCAGCCGGAAAGUCGCAAAAUCGCACCGUACUUGAUGUCUAUAGUCAGGCGCGUCAAAAUUUGCCUCUGAAUAUUUUGUAAUUUCACGUCGUAAGGACCUUUUAAUCAGAAAAAGCAGCUCUGAGGACGGGAAUUUUGAACCAAGAAGCAAGUAUUUCUUUAAAAAAAACACAAUAACUUCCAUGUUACAGUACAUUUAUGAUGGCGCUAUCUGCAUCUUGCUGGAAGAAGCUGGUGCAACAUGCAGGGCUGUUAGAACACUUCAACUUUAGCCCAUUCUUUUUAAAGCACUGAACAAGACUUUGGUUAUAGGUGAUGAAAAGCUGCAACACUUGAGUUUGUUCCUGUCAUAGGCCUGCAAUUCCCCUCACCACAAAUGCAGUAGGUUAAGUGUUAAUAGCUCAGGAACUUCCCACUACUGUGAAAAACCAAAGUCUCUGCGUAAAUGAGUCGAAAAUACCAAAUCCCACCGCCUUUGAUGCUUAGAUCGCAUUUGACCCGGAUGACUAAGAAUUGCCUGUGACAUAGAUCUCAUUACUGAUAUGAAAACCAACAAUCCCAGCAACCAACUGCAGAAACACGAGACAGCUUACACUGAAUGGUAAAUGAGACGGGUAAGAUUGUUGUGUAUGAUAAACAUCUUUCUCUCUGCCCACAUACAUGCCAAGCAAUAACUUGGUGUUGAAAGAGAAACCGAUGUAGAAGUACAAAAUACUGAGAGUGACCCUCUCCAGACUCAUAGCCAAAGUCGCAUUCUUACAGGAGUACCCAAAGGUCUGCCUCAGCAGGUUGAUGAAAGUGUGGCUAAGUUGGCAUUUCCAACGUGGUGACAGUUGUAGUUGGGCUUCAAAGCUGGCACCUACCCUCUGCCAGCAAUUUUAGUUAUCCAAAAUGUCACCCUAUUAAAAUAAUGGCCAAAGUCAAUUUUUGACGAAAGUUAGUUUUUAGCCUAAAUAAUCUCAAAAUCAUGUCAAGAGAUGAUUCAGGCCAAAAAACUCAUUUUCGUCAAAAAAUGACUUUGGCCAUUAUUUUAAUAGGGUGACGAAAUGACAAAACAGCAGCAGCAAAGCUGUUUAACUUUAUACUUGUGCUCUUGUUUGCUGUUGUAACAUUAGCAUUGGGCUCUGGAGUCUGUUUUUUUCUAGCUAAAACUCUUUACUGGAGCUUUAAUUCAUCCUGUUUCCUCCAUGUUAUGGCGGUCUAAGUAUGUUCCAUGAAAAUCAGGCUCAUACAGAGUGACAUUCACCAUUUAUAAGCAUGUGAUACAAUAAGACCCCCCAAGAAAUCUAACCCAACUCUAGUCCUGGUGUGACCGCUAGUGAUACUUAUGAGGUCAUGUAAUGUCCCAGUUAUCCCCACAUAAGGGUCAAGUCUAGAGGGGGGAAGGUUUCAGGGCUCUUUUCUUUCUUUUUGGAACAAAAUGCAGCCAACUGCACAAAUCAAAGCAUCUGAUUUCUUCCUGUUGCCAGGAGCACUAGAAAAGCAUUGACACACCUGUAAUUGUACUUGUAAGAAUAGAUUAUCAAGGCGCUCACAGAGCUACAGGCACUUAGCUCCUUCUUAAACCAGUACAGUCUUCACCAUGGCACAAUCACAGUUUGGAGGUGAAGAAGCACUUUUGAGCUGCUGCUGCAAAAGAAGACAAAAAUAAGACGUGUAAACCAGUGUCAUUGUUAAGUAGAGGUUCCAGAUAGGGACUAAGCUCAUUAUACAUUUUUUUGCCAAAUAGGACUUCUCUCCUUGUCCGCGUAUACAUGCAGCUGAGAAAAUAAAAUUAUUAACGUGAACGUGUCCUCCUCCCCAAAACUGGGGGGCGAUAUGGGUCUUUUCAGGAGGUCAACAGCAGGUCAGUGCCGGAUGUCAGAAGUGGCUACAACUGCUGCUGGGCAUUUACGGGGGCGUGGCGCAUGCGCACAUGCAUUGUCCGAUCAUACUCCGACUACGCUGGUUACAUGGUAGAGAAAAUCGAAUUCCAAUCAGACUAUCUAGAGUUUUUGACACUUAAAAAAAGCCAACUUUUAAGUCAGUAAAGCAAAAAAAUGAGUCUACUUAUCUGUCUCUGUAAAAUAUUGUCCUUUGAGCUCGUAGAUGUGCAAUUCAAGCUGCCAAACAAACUAAAAUUGACACCUAGACCAGCUCUGAAUUGACCACAGUUUGAUCUUAAUUCAGUCCUUGAAAUCAGUAAACAGGCACUCGUGUGAAAAUGUACCAAGCCCAUCAAAUGGUUACUUUCUUAACAGAAGAUCAGUGCGCCCCGGCAUGAAAUCAAGGCCCUCGGGCUCAUGGAAAAUAUACAGCUCUGUGUUAUAUUUUGGACACCCACCAGUCACAUGGCAACUGCAAGCUGAUGCCAACGUAGGGGAUUUAUUUGUAAGAAACUCUGCGGUGAAAAAGAGACAUCACAUGGCAGUCAUGGUGCGGUAUAAUGUUUCCUUGAGAACACACACAGACACGCUGCAGCUUGACAUACAUAGACUCACUUCACUGUUGCCUCGGCUAAUAUUUCGUGUAAUGGUGGACUCCUCCACCCUCCUCCUCCUCCUUUUUUUAAGCUGGAGGUUGAGGGAAAUUUCAGUCUUGUGUCAGUGUAUGUUCAUAGUCUUGCGUGAGUACUUGUCCUGAGUUGCCGCUGUCACGUCACACUUAUGUGUUGCCAUAAACUGGAACGACCUGCAGGGCCCUGUGGUUCUGCAAAUGGAGUCAGUAUGACUUUAACUCCACUUUCUGUCUCCUUUUAAAAAAUUUUCCUUGUGUUUACAGCGGCCCCUUUUCCCCUUUUUCUGUGUCAUAUAUCAGGAUUUUCUGGCUGUUUGGGAAGCCUCUCUAGUGGUGCUGACAUUUUAGAGUCAGCAUUGUGGAGGUGGAAUCUCUUUUGAUUAGAACAAAGUGUCAGAUUGUUGUUAUCACUUGGCUUCGUCUGUUACGACGCAGACUCCAAAUGUAACUGUUUGAGUUAAAAUGACUAAGAAUACUCAAUUAUUCCCCUGUGUGAUUGAGUUUGGGAUGAGAUUCAUGCAGAAAAUCAUCUCUGUUUAACCUUCAAAUGUUUGGAUUUCAUUUUUUCCUGCUUUUUUUUCGCCUCCCUUUUUUGCAUAUUUGUACUUUUGGCUCUUUCCUUUUUCCACAUCAGGAUCUCUUACUCAGCUUUACCUUUAUCUAUCACAGUGCUUAAUUUUCCUAUUCUCCUCUUGCUCUCUUCUCCACAUGACUGCCUUUGUCAACUUCUCUCUUGUUCUUUUCUAUUUGCAUCUUUCACACACACUCCCUCUCUCUGUCCUCUCUCCUUUUGUUCGUCUAUCUCCUCUCCUCCUCUCCUCCUUUUUCGCCUCUUGCCGUUUAAUCUCCCCUCGUGUGCCUUUCAAUUUGUCGCCCUGCUCUGUCUCUAUCUCUUUAACUCUCAACUGUUUGCCCAAAAGUCAUCAUCUGUGCCUGAGGGUACGUGGGAUAAUAUGUUUGCGUGUUUGCCGCCAUCCCGAUGUCCUAGUCACUGCAGUUUGGUGCGAUGUAGUAGCCGCUGCUACUGUUUGUUUGUUUACCUCCCACAGCCACUUGGAGAUCAUUAGCGAUGCCUUUGCCUGAGGAGGAUCACACACACACACUCACACACACAUGCUCUUCCUGCCUUUCCCACCACUGUCUGCUUUUCUCUCACGCACAACACCACAAAGACAAGCUUAGCUGACUGGUAGCCAACUCGUACAGGGGGUUUGCUGUCACAACUUUGUGUUUGAUGAAGUCUGCAACCGCUGUGGAACUGCAUGAGAGUUUUGUGCCCAAUGAGAGGUGCUCGAAUGACAAAUGAGCCUUUUACUUGUACUUUUUUUAGGGGGGUAAAAAGAAGGUGACCAUUACAGCAAAAUAACAGCUGAUCAGAUCCUUGCCAAUCUCAAACUCCAAGCUCCUGUCACUGUUGAAAAAAUCAACCGAAUUAGCAAGCCAACUGAAAAGUUUCUGACUCGCAGAUGUUAAGUUCAUUUGUAGUGAGCUCAAAGCCCUAAUUUCAGCCACUCUGAGUUUCUUUUUGCCAAAGCAAAAGGGAUUUGAAUAAACAAACAGGAACUGUAAGCCAUCUGUGAACACAACAGUGUCAUAGCAUUGCAUUUACAGUUGGUAAGGAUGGCCUGUCAGUGAGUCAGUGAGGCUGUUGCCUUUUUUGAUCCUUUUUUUUUAAAGUUACAAAGAGCGCCGCAGGUAGGAAAAACUUUGAAGGUCAACACAACCAAAAGACGAAUCUCAAGGCUACGAAAUGAACGGCUGUAAAGGAUCUACAACCGAACCCGUGACUCCAGUGUCAGCGCCGUUAAGCUUUCAACUCAUUUGUGCUUCUCCUUUAUCAUUUAACUUUCGUGGUCUUAGUCAGCAUCUCAUUUGCAUCCUUCUCUUUUUUUUUAAAGCCCUCACCAUUUAAAAUUCACAAGUGGGGUAUUAUUGACUGGCACUUUAUGUCAGAGAGAAGAAUUGCCACACCACAGACCUUAUUUCAAGACACUAACCAAAAACCCAUUAAUAAAGAAAAGAAAGAAAGAAAGAAAGGCGCAGACAAGCAAAAGUUCGAACCCAUUUCAAGGUUGGCACCGUAAGUGUUAUCCCUCAAAAUUUGUAUUAAUUCAGACUGUUAAUACCUGAGGAAUUGCAGUCAAAUAUUUCGCUCUUUUGUGAAUCUGUUUUUAUUCUGAGAAAAAUAUCUGGAAAAAGAAACAGAAGUCCAACAAACUGCACAUAAAGCUUUUUGUAGGAUUGAGAGAAACUUUUAUUUUACGCAUUAUUUUUACCAUUGCCUGUUGACACAGUGGUGUAGUUUCCAUUGGUACUACAAAUCGGUCUACAUAGAUUCAAAAACAUUAGUUCACGUCUCAGGCUGGCCUUCAGAGUGUAAAUAUAAAUAUAGUUAUCAGUGGCAGUUAGAUGUGAGGGCAGCCUGAAGAGCCGCUGGACCCCAACCAUAUCUGAUAGGAAGAAGGGGUAACGGCAGAAGAGCUGGUGAGUGCAUCUUACUGUCAGUGAGUACUAAUGUCAAAAGUUGAAAACUGAAAGUGAAUGUGAAAAGUGAGUGUGAAUACUCCCCAAGAAGUCUUGUUCACACUGUCUUACGUUUCCUUGAAUAGAAACGCAGAGUUUGGUAUAAUUUUAUAACAUAACAUAGAAAACAAUACAAUACAAGAACUUUAUUUGUCUGGAGUCUCAUGUCUCAAAUAUAGAAGAAUUAAACAGUCUGAUGACUGCGGGUACAAAAAACUCUGAACAUAUAUGCAGGCUGAUGGUUAAACAUGACUGAGAACUGAAAUAUUCAACUGAAUGUAAAUUUGUCCCUCAAGGAAAUCAAUUAGAAUCCAUUACUAUAGCAGCAUAUUACUGUAAAUUGAUAAAUUCAUCUUAAAAUUAAUAUUUACUGUAUUUUAGUGUCAUGGUAUGCUCAUACUGUGACACUGAAAUGUUCAACUUAAUGCAAAUUUGUCCCACAAGGAGACCAAUCAGAAUCAGUUGCUAUGGCAGCAUAUUACUGUAAAUUGAUAAAUUCAUCUUUAAAUUAAUAUUAACUGUAUUUCAGUGUCAUGGUAUGCUCAUACUGUCAGGACUCUUAACAGUCUUGAUUAAGAUGUUGAUAAAAAUAAAAAGAAUGGUAAUUUCCAUAAGCCUGUAGGAGAGAGUGCCUGACAGAAGUGUUUCACAUACAUUUUUGGGUCACGAAGAAAUCACAACCAAGUCACAAGAUUCACCUCCUCCUGCUGUUGCCACAACUAUUUGUUUUAUCAAACGGAGAGAUGCUUUCUGCGUUGAAUGUCCUUUGAUACAUCGAGACAGUACUUGUCUUUGUUUGGCACAUAGAGCAGCAUGGACCCCCACCCUCCACCUCCCACAUAUACACCAACGCUUUACAUUCAAUCAUGAGGUUGUCAUACAGUGUCAUGCUACACACACACACUCAUGCACACAGAGGAAAAAUAGUUUAGAAGUUAUUAGUCAUUGUUUUGCAUUUGUCAUUUUCCAAUUAGAUUAUUUUGUUUUCGAAAAUUUUGAAUUCCUUGAAAGCUUAUCCCGUCCAAAAGUCCAGAAAUAUUUAAAUUCUAAUGCUGUAUUAACUAGGAAAAACCAAGACAAAGAAAGCCAGUAUGAAUUAAAAAUCAAUCUUUGUUAAGAUUUUAAAGGAGAAUAUAAAUCCGUCACUAUGAGACGUUAUCAAGAUGCAGGUUUCAGGUUGCAUGUCGUGCCCUAAAUCCCCUCAAAAGCAAUCUUAGUUUUGUAACACUGCAGACAGCAUUGUGUGCCAUAAAUUCAAUCUGAAAUUCUACCUUUUUACCCCUGCAAGUCAGACCAAGAGUUACAUUAUUGUUGCAUAUUGAGUGAAUACAAGUGGAAAGAUACCAGACAAUAUUCAGCCCACAACAAAUCAUUUCAUAGUUGUCUGUUUGUUACGUAACUGAGUGAAUCAUAGGAAGAUUUAAAAAAAAAAAAAAAACGAAAAGAAAAGAUGAUUUUGAUCCAGACAACUUCACCCAGCGGGGUCUAUACACAGAGAAUGAUGUUGCAUUAUAAGCAAUGAUAAGCAGCCUCUCUCUCUCACUCUCUCUCCUGCUCCCUCUCUCGACAUCCCAUAAUGAUCCUCAGACAGACUCAGGCAGACACCCGCUCCGCUCGGUCCCGAUUGGUAGAACUGUUGCCAGGGAGCGUUGCCGUCUCAACGUGGAUAGAAUCUGUUGUCUGGUACACUUUAGACAUGAGAACAACUGCAGGAUCUGAAUAUUUAUAACGAGGCGACUGUUCAUAUUGAGAUGGUAUAGAGGGAACAUAAGCAGGAGGGGAAGGAGCUGUUCUUUUUAGCUCUCUCUCAAAUUUUCUCUUUAGUUUGCUUUUUCUUUGAAUUUCUCCUCCCCAACUUCAGUCUAAAUUUGUUUUACCUUUACUCAUCUUCCUAAUGUUAAUACACCUUACAUAAGUUUCCUGUUUUAUUGUCUUCCUCUGUCUGCACUCUCGAUAAAAGUUUCACCAACUUCACUUUCAGAUUUGAACUUACUUGAACUGUUUUAUAAACUACUAAAAGACAAACACAUGAAUCAUAACUGUGUAUGACUUGUGUGGUUUUAUGUUUGAACGUUACCCCCCUAUUGUCAUCGACGAGGUAGCUACAGUAUAACUAGUCAUUAAAUCUGUGUGUGUGUCUUUGAGCGUGCGUGUGUGUGUGUGUGUGCCAUCUGGCGAAAUCGUCUCAUUUCUUCAUAUUAUUCAAAUAUGCCUGGACCUGCUGCUACAGUUAAUAACACUUGUGCGUAGGUAUGAGUCCUUGAUUAAAAUGGAUGUAACACACUCCCAACAAAGCAGACAACAAUAAGAACAGCAUUUGAAUCUCGUAUCUCGACACACACACUCUUGCAAACACACACCGCAUGCCUGAUAUACAGUGCUAAAAGUCACGGCCUGGUAUAUAACAGCGAUUAUAAAAAAAACACGCCUUGGUAUGCAGGAAACUUUGACAUGGAAUCGCAAACACACAGAGAUAAAACGAGGACACAAGACAGGCGCACACACACAUCACUCGUUAGGCAAACAAGUUGACUGAGUUCACGUCUUAUAUUCUUUUAUCAGGGAUGUGCAAAGUCUAUAUUUAAUGCAGGCAGGAGGAGGCUGCAAUUUUCCGUGCGAGGGUUUGCUUGCACACUUUUCGUAUGCGUGUCAAUGUGCGUGCGUUUAACCUCAUAAUGCACAUGUAUAUUCGCCUCAUGUUCAUUCGUGCAUACAUAUACAUGACCAUGCGGCUCUUCUUCUUCUUCUUCUUCUCCUCCUUAUAUGAGCAGAGUGGCACACCGCCGUCCUGUCUGCCUGACUCAACAUAUUCCCCCUUCACUCUCCUUUGCUCUUUCUCUCCCCUCCCUCUUCCUCCUCUUCUCUCCUCUCCUCCUCCUCCUCCUCCUCCUCCUCCUCCCCUCUCUGCUCUGCCCGGCUGGCACGUACAUGCAUGUCUGUAGACUCUGUACUGUGCUUGCUGCCGUGGCACGCGCCAACCUCACUGCAAUGCAGCCCUGUGUGCAUUAAUUGGCAGAGAGACAGUGGGUAUGUGGUAUGCGGGGCGGGAAGGAGAGAGAAGGAAAAAAAAAAAAAGAAGAAGAGAGGAGGAGAGGAGCAGGAGGCGAUGUGAGGACACAAUAGUCACAAUGACAGACACACACAUGGACAUGAGGACAGAGUGUUGGACAAGCGGUCUGUCCCGUUCACACACGGGCACAGACAGACAAACAAACAGAAUGUGUAUUGCUGAGUGUGCACAGCGAGAUUACCUGCCAGGGGGGAGUGGGUUUAUGUCUGUUUGCAUUAGUGUGUGCGCAGGUUUUGUGUCUCCUGCGUCUCACUGUGCUUUUUUGUGUGUGCUCACUCAUGUGUGCCUAUAUGUGCCGUGCAGAUAUCGCCCUGCCGGAGCAAAAAAGCUCUCUAAACCAGAGUCUGACUCACAGUAUUCAGCGCUUUGUGAUAUCCUCCCUUUCAUAUUUCCGCUGUGACUGAAGAGUAAAAGUUUGCUCAGUUUAGCACAACUUUCUCCACUUGGGUAUUUUUUUUUCAUUUGGUGAAAAAUGAAGCACAUUGUGUCUGGAUACUUUCUGGUGCAGAAUAAUCUGCACCAGCUUUUUUUCAACAGGCUGAUUUUGAAAUUUUUCACAGAUUCUUUUGCUGUCAGAGGUCAGAGCUGUGUUUGUGAGUGUGUGUGUGUGUGUGUUCGCUCUGACACGCUAGAAUAAAACACUUGCACACAUACUGUACAAAAAUGCACUUACUCAUGUCACAACCAUUCUGCAUUCCCUCCCCUCCCACACACACAUCUCUCUGGAAGUUAUCCACUCUGUUAGCUGUUGUCUUUUAUCUUCCUUCCCCUGUCGUAUUUUGUGACAUCUGCCUCCUGUCCUCUCUUAUCCACAUCAAGCUGCAUUUAGGGAGGCCGUCCACGUGCCGCUCGGAAAAAAAGUAACACCAUUUAAAACAAAAAAAAAAACAAAAAAACAGAAAAUGUUUGAAAUGUCACCUGAAUAAGCUGCGCCACCACAGCGGAGGCGUAAAUUAAUCAUUUUAAUUUAUCAAUUCAUGUAGAAAUGCAACAUAGUCUUUGCGUGAAGACAGAACUUCUCUCCGCUUGUGUGUGUGUAGGUGUUUGGCAGAGAGAGGUCCUCGCAUGAUUCAGAGAAAACACACAACACUUGCUUGAAAAGUAAAAAACCUCGUUAUUCCUUUCUCAACUAUUGUCUUCCACAGAUUGGAAUAAAAUGAGAAAUACCUUAAAAAAAAUACACCUCUUCUUUUUUUCGAACUUUUUUAUCUCCAAUUUGAAGGAUUAGAGGAUUACUGCAUGGUGUAUUGUGCUUUGCAGAGACGUGACGCAUUCUAUCCAAACUUGCGUCAAACUGGGAAUCCAGAAGUUUCACUAUUCUAUGUCUAAUUAAUUACCAGCGUCUGUAGCCUCUGUGUGAACGUUUGUGUUUUUUUUUCAUUUCUCUUUUUGUCUUAGUCACUCCCCUACUCUCUCUAUUGGACCAUAUAGGCAUCUGUGUCCGGGGGCAAAGUGGCAGAAGUUGCUUCAACCUAAUUGUCUUUCUCUUCUCGUACUGUCCUCAGAUGACUUUCUCUCUGUCUCCCCUCCCUCCCUCUCUCUCCCUCCCUCCCUUCCUCCUCUACUCUCUCACUCUAGCUCUGCCCAGUCUCUGUCUCCGUCUGUAACUGUAGCCUGUGUUUUUCUCUCCCUCCCACUCCCUGCGACGUAUAGAUACUGCAUUGAUCAGACACACGCGCGCAGACACAUGCACACGCCGAGCCUCCCACUCCUUUCAUCAUUGAUUCGCUCUGCUCUGCUUUUCUUUCUUUCUCUCUCACCCCAUUCUAUCUCUCUCUCUCUCUCUCUUUCUCUCUUUCUUUCUUUCUCUCUGUCUCUCCCCCCACAGCGGCACUUGUUGAAUUCAACCCUUGGAGAAUAGCGAGAGAGAGAGAGAGAAGGGGGGAGAGAAACAGAGAGAGAUAAUGACAGGGAGGCAGAGCUAGAGCAGGCAGAGAGCUGAGAGAAUGGGGCUUUGGAGGAUUUAGAGAUAGAGGAGAGAAGAAGAAGAAGGAGAAAAAGUCAGGCAGAAGGAGAAGAAGAAAAAAAGAAGAAUCAUCUUCGAGACACUUUAAGUGAAAGAGAGAGUCGCCCAGACGGAGUGUAUCAGAGUCCUCUUCUUCCAUCUCCUCUGUCCUGGUCCUGACUGCUGCUUCUGCUGCUGGUGUGUGUGUGUGUGCACAGACUCCAUGGUGUGUUGUACCCAGAAGACUGGCUCACACAGGUCAGAACUGUCUGGGCUAACAGCUUUUAUUUAUUUUUUAUUUUUUCUGCAUGUGCGUGCCUGAGUAAGGUAAAGAAAGUGCUGGUUUCUCCAGGUGAGAGUACACAGUGAAUUCCCCGCGCAGCAGUGUAUAAGAGUGUGUGUGUGUGUGUGUGUACUUUUAUGUAAGUAACCCAGAGUGCAUGUUAGUCUGUAUGAGGUGGGAGAGAGAAAGAGCGUGUAUGUGUGUAAGAGAGGCGGUGACAUUUUUUUUCAGUUUGUAUUCCUGGAAACUGUUCUGCAGCAUUGCUUAAUAAUGAAACUAGUGCGUAUACAUGUGUGUGUGUGAGUGUGUGUGUGUGUGUGUGCAGGGGGUGGGCAAUGAUACGAGGUUCAGGGAAAAGAAAGAAGGUGCAAACAUGUCUGGGGAAUGUUAACUUGAGGAAAGAAAAUUGUGUGUUUUGACAUGAGUUGUUUAGUUUCCUGUCAGAGUUAUAAAAAGGACCCGAACGCAGACCGAAAAAAGCUGCAGAGUCAGCGACAUUUAAGGGGUACCUCUAAACUCUGACAUAUGAGAAAGUGGUUACAUUUCCACGCUUCGGAAAAGUUGUUGCCAAGGCUGACUUUCAGGUCAUGCAGCAGAAUAGUUGUUGAUGCGUUUAAGCGUGAUGCUUGGAUUGAGCCGGCGCUGUUAGGAUUGACGAGGUUUUAAAACAACAUAGCCUGAAGGUAUUUCACAAUAUUCACAUGUACAGUAGGAACGCCAUUGUGUUCUUGUUUUUUGUGGACUGACUUGACUCCUCCUUUCUCUCUCCUGACUCUCCUCUCCUCUCCUCUCCUCUCCUCUCUCACCCACUAUCUCCGCAAAUCCAUCUCUCUCUUUCACACACCUCUCACUUCUCCCUCAACUGCAAUUCAUUUUCUCACUUCAUCUCAACUCUAUUUUCCCAAUCCGCUUCGCGUUUCUUUCAAGAUCCUCUCAAUUUUUACCUUCUCACCUCUCUACCUCCCUGUGGCAUGUCUUCUCAUCUUUCUCGGCUUUGUCGCCGCAUUUCUCGUUUCUCAAACACGUUCUCUAUACCUUCUUUUUUUUUUUUUUUUUAAACAGAUGCCUCUCACAGCGGCGGAGUCUGCAGUAAAUAUCUGAAACCACAUCUUCAGCUUCCUCUGCAGCCAACAUGUCCCAGCUGCUCCAUGUGGAGAUCCCAAACUUUGGAGCCACAGUCCUGGGCUCCCUUAAUGAGCAGCGUCUGCUGGGACACUACUGCGAUGUAUCUAUCCUUGUUAAAGGUUGGUUACUCAGUCAUAUGGAUGUGUUGUUUUAGCAACAGCAGAGUUUUUAAGACAAAUCUCAACAUUUUAUCUCUCCUCUGUUUUUUUUUUUUCUACUACUAACCAGGCCAGGCGUUCAAAGCCCACCGGGCCGUUUUGGCUGCCAGCAGCCUCUACUUCCGCGACCUCUUCAGCAGCUCCACCAAAUCUGAGUUUGAGCUGCCUUCCUCCGUCACACCUGCUUGCUUUGAGCAGAUCCUCUCUUUCUGCUACACAGGGAAGCUAACAAUGGCAGCUAGUGAACAGCUGGUGGUGAUGUACACAGCUGGCUACCUCCAGAUUCAGCAUAUAGUUGAAAGAGGCAUGGACCUAAUGUUCAAGGCAAACUCCCCUCACUGUGACUCGCAGACAGCAGGGUCCUUGGAGGAAACAGGAUCCGAGCCACAGAGUCCCUGUAAUAACGGGAACGGACUAGCAGUGGCGGCCCUUUUGGGGACCCCGGGGUGGUCCCCGUCCUUGCUUAUGCCACAGCGUAAGAUCAAAUUAGAAGGCGGCGACCCCACGCCUCUGACGGUGCCCUCGACACUAAGCAAGAUUUCAUCUUCUGAGUUGGGGAGCCGCUUGAGGGCGAGUUCGCUCUUCUACACGACUGCAGGUGGGACCCCAAUCGCAGGUGUUCCUCCUUACCCCAUUCAGGGGGCUGGCGGUAUUGGAGCAGGAGGUGGUGGAGGAGGAGGGGGUGGAGUAGAGAGGUCCAGUCCUGGAGCAUCCAGCCUGCCAACCACUGACAGUCCAACUUCCUACCAGAAUGAGGAUGAGGAGUUUGAAGAAGAGCCCUACGAUGGCAUGACAGAGGACGCCUACAGUCAUAUCUACGGACGUUCAGCCAACCCCUACGGCAGUGAGUUUCACAUUUUAUUAAAGCUUUUAUUCAAUCCGUGUGAAGUGUUACACUAGUGAGGUGGAGUUCAAACACCAUCAGCAAAUUUAUGGAGAGCUCUCAUCAGAAUCUUUUCUCUGGAGUAUCUUUCAUCCUAAAAAAACGACUAAAAAUACACCGUUCCCUCCACUAUAGACAGUUUUACUUCGCCAUUACAUAAAUAAAUCCUAAGUUCAGAGGAAAAAACUGAUCAAAUAAGCAAGUGCUCAAUGUCAACGGCAGCACAGCACUAGUUUUAUCUUUGUAGUCAUGGAAGAACUUGACUAAGUGAAUUACUUUCCCAAAUGCCCUUGGCGCAAAGGGAGGAAAUUCAUUUGAUACCAGGCCGAUCUAAAAGUAAAACUCUGCAUGACUUGCAGAAACCAUAAAUGCAGAGUUUUUUCGGGUGAACAUAGCUGCUCCUUGUCUGGAUGUGUUAUGUAGUGUACAAAAGGAAAAACAGAUGCACAUUGGUUUCAUCCGAGUUACAUUAUUUAAUCUUUCAUAAAUCAUGUAUCCUGCACAUUUAAAAAAAGCAAGUUGCUUUCCCUCCAGUGUGUGUGCUUGUGUGUGCAUGUGUGUGUGUGUGCGUGUGUGUUCUCUCUCAGCAUAAAGAUAGCUUUAUGGAGUUAUGAUUGGAGUGCAUUCUGACCAACAACUCUUUCCUUAUCACUGAUGCAGCAGCUGGCCUGUACUGCUUUUGUCAGUGUUUGUAGAGCAUUUUCCACACUGGUGCAGAGUUUCCCUACACAAAAAAGACACUUCAGUAUAUUUACCAUAACCACACAAACGCACACACACACACACACUUCCAUCUUUUAUAGCAUCCUGCAGCUGAAAGGGCCCUCCAACAGGUUUGUCAAAUUCUCGAGUUUCAGAUAUUUAUGAAAUCCACUCUAUCUCCAAUCAGUCAGAGCACCUCAGGGUGACAUUGUGGGAUAUUUGAGACCCCUGCAUGACUUUCCUGUGUGUGUGUUUGUGUGUGGAUUUAAAUGUGAGUGCACAAUACAAAAAAAACACCUUUCUCUAUAGGCUGUGUGCAUGCAUGUGGUAAUUAAUGGAUUAAUUUCCCUGCCGUGUUUGUAUCCCUGCAUGUGAACAUUAACGCGUGUGUAGGAGUUGUAUGCAUAUGUAUCACAACUCAUCUCAGAGGUUAAGGGGAAAGAGUUCGGAGAGUGGGAACCUUACACCCACCCGGCUUUAGAUCCGUCCCCCUCCAAAACUCAAGUUGCUGAUGCAGCAUCGUGACUUAUCUGGGAUACAUCUGCAAAGCUCUGAAACAUUUAUGAAACACAACAAACUUGGUGCUACAUAAACCUGACUUACUAAUUACUUUAGUAUAUAUGUAUGAGAGGGCACCGAGGGUAGGGAUAACAGCGAACUGUUCUUUGUAGUUUUGACUUUUAUUGACUUGUGGGUGCAUCCUAAAUUUCCAGUUUCUGUUUUUUUAUUUUUUUGCUGCGUAACACGAAACCCUCUCCCUAAACCCAUUUUGUUCUCUCUGCUUUCAUCAGUUCAGGACAAGCCCGACAUAACAGCGGUGCCCUUGGCCUUGGAGAACCGCAACUGUGUGCUGAUCCGCAGGGACCUGGUGGCUCUGCCUGCAAGCCUCAUCAGCCAGAUCGGCUACCGCUGCCACCCUAAGCUCUACACUGAGGGAGACCCCGGGGAGAAGCUGGAGCUGGUAGCUGGUAGGCACGCACAGAGUUACACAUGCAUCCACUUGCGCACAUUUACUCUCUCACAUGCAGAGAGGAACGUUCUCUGCAGUGAGCUUGGAAAGUAUUCAUGCACCCACCCUAUUGUAUGAUUUCCAGCAUUUAAAAUGUGCAAGUGGGCAAAAUUGAAUUUAAAUCGCUGAAUUAUCUCGAGCUCAGGGAUCCCAAAAAUGCAAAAUGGAAAAACUUUAGAGUACAAACUUGUGCCACAGAUUCAAAAUGAGAAACUCUGCAAAGAUGCAUUGAUUACCCACAGCCCAAUGGCACUCAAUGCUUUUUAUGCAUACUUAUGUAUUUUACUUUUCCUCAACCAGUGGAGGUUUAUCUAGUCAAUAAUAACUAAUUCAAGAGCUGUAGUUCAGAUCCAGGAUCAGACAUGUUUUGUGAAUUCCAAAGGGAAAUUAUGCCUUCAAGAUGUUUACUGUAAAAAAGACAAAGAAUAGAAGAGAAAACGAUCAAAAUAUAACGCCGCUAACUAUGCAACAAAAUGCACUGAGCCCAGGUAGAUAAACACAGUUUUUUAAACGUGAAUAAAACAUCACAAAGCGGUGUUUAAUCAUCACAUGGACAUUUGUGAAAGAGAAGCAGCUCUGAUAAUCAUCACCCCUAAACCUGUGUAGGAGCCCAUCAGCUGUGAUUAUCUAAUUCCUCGAGGGAAUACGGCCUAAUUAAUAUGCAUUCUUGUAGCCAGCACUUACAAUUUACGGUUUUCAGCCAAGUUUACAGUGUAAACAGCGCAAUUAGCAACUGAAGGGACAACUUUGUGUCUGCAAAAAUGCACAGUUUAAUUUCUUAGCUCGAUAAACCUGCAGAACAGCCCCUGUUCAUCUGUUUCUGAUGAGUCUCAGUUUCACUGUAAAUGAAAGGUUACACAGAGGCUUCACUCUUAGCUGAAAUAAAAUCUGAAAAUGAUUUUCUUUAUCAGUCAUUAGUUUGCUGUUUGACAACAUUACAAUGUAGAUGUGUGAAUGUAAACACAGGCCUUGUCAAGUGUGAGUUUCAUUGUAAAAAGAAAGAGUUACACAGAGGCCUAACGCCGGCUUACUACAGCCGUUUGAGGAGGCCAAUAGCUUUGUGGGUGAUUUACUGCUUUUUAAAAGAUCUUGAGCUUGCCAAACCCAAUAAUGCAGACUUAAAGAAAUUUAAAGGUCAGGCUUUGUCAAGUCCUUCCUCAUUAGGGGAAGAAAACAACAUUUAAAAUGCUUGCUGAGGGGCACCAGUUGACCCGGCAGUUUAAAGCACGCGUCCCCUGUACAGAGGCUAUAGCGCUUACUGUAACGGCCGCUAGUUUGACUCCUGGCUAUAAGCCUGUGCAGCAUGUUGCUCCCCACUCUUAAUCCCUACAUUUGCUGUCUCUCUUAAACUGUCUUUUUGAAUGAGUUGACCAAAAGUUUAAAAAAAAUAGAAACUAAAAUGCUUUUCCUACCAAAGUCUGGUACCACACGCAGAUCCCAGAUUCUGUGAGAAGCGAUUGUCAUCUGUAAAGACGUCAGCGACAUUAAGUUCUUUACCCUAAUGAAACACCAUUAUGCCGCUUAAGACCCACAUUAAACCAGACUCUGAUUGGCUAAUAGGGAUUGCUCCUCCUGACCCACGUCACUGUGUCGAUCUGUGAGGGACAGUACAAAGCUGCAGAGUCUCUCUGCAGAGAUUGAAGACCCUGACAGAAGGACAACCAUCUCUGCAGUGAUCAUCAAUCAGGCCUUUAUGGUGGAGCAACCAGACAGAAGUCACUCUGAAGUUAAAAGCAUAUGACAGCCUACCGGGAGUUUGCCAAAUGGCUCUUACAGGCUUCUGAGAGCAUGAGGAAAAGGGUUUUUUUUGGUAUGACGAGACAAAAAAAUGUAUCUCUUCUGUGUGACUGCCAGAUAUUGCCCUUGGCAGUUGGACCAGAGGCUCACAAAGAGAUCUGGUGAGGCUUGACAUGUACCCGUUUUAAUUCCUCCGGAGCAUGGCAGAGGGUUUAAUCAAUUUAGUAUUGGAUCUUUUCAAAUAAAAAGAAUGCGGUCUGAAUAUUUACAGUGAAACUAUAUGGAGGCAGUCAGAAAUCAAUCUAAAAAUCCUGGAAAUUAAAUCUGAUUAUUGUGUGAUUGAAUUAUGAAGAAAAUGGAACAUAGUGGAAUACAAAACAUGGAGGUCAAAGAGACGCUUUUAAAGGAAUUAAAACAACGUAAUUCAAUUGUUUAGUGUUUUUACUGCCUUCAACCUUAAUUCCUGUUCAGAUUUCCAGUUCUACUUAUGACAGCUGACUCUUUCCUUCGCCCUAGAAAAUAACUAAUCCAUUACAAGUACAGCAAAGCAAAAAGUGAGAACUAAAAAUGAAUGGGUGAAUUCUAGGUUUCUUAAGAGAUGAGGAAAUAAAUUGUAACAUGGGCUUUUUUUAUUUCCAGGAACACAAGUGUUCAUGACUCGAGGACAGCUGAUGAAUUGUCAUCUGUGUGCUGGAAUCAAACACAAAGUCUUGCUCCGCCGCCUGUUAGCCACGUUCUUUGAUAGGUGAGUACAAAAACAUGCACAAAGAAGCAGAACAGUUUGUAUUUAAAGGCCUACUGUAGGAUUUGUGUUCUGUGUGUGACUCCAACACUACCGCUGUUGUCACAAACCAACUUUCACACUCCAUCUGUGGCCAUGUUGUGCAAUGCGGUUACUCGUGUGUGUGCUGUGUGUAUCUGUGUGUGUGUGUGUGUUCUAAUGUUUAUCCACUGUUAUGUGCCUGCUGCUGACUGCACCCCCUGGUGUCCACUCUGUGUCCCUGCAGAAACACUUUAGCCAAUAGCUGUGGGACAGGAAUCCGUUCUUCUACCAGUGACCCCAGCAGGAAACCCCUGGACAGCAGGGUCCUCAACGCUGUCAAACGUAGGUCCAGUAUCCAGAUAUUCUCAUAAUUGUGAUUAAAUUUGAAAACAUUUGGUCUACAUGGAGUUCUUGUCUUUUUUUUUGUUGCAGUCUACUGUCAAAAUUUUAACCCUAACUUCAAGGAGAGUGAAAUGAAUGUGAUCGCGGCUGAUAUGUGCACAAACGCGAGGCGUGUUCGCAAGCGAUGGCUGCCCAAGAUCAAGUCCAUGCUGCCCGAUGGCAUGGAGGUGUACCGUGCAGGGAUGGGCAUGGGUGCUGCUGCGGCCGUGGGUCUCGGCCUGGCUCUCGGGGCCCCUCAACCAGGGCUACCUCUUCCCUUUGAGCACGAUUUCAAGUCCUUAGAGCAGAGGUUGUAUCCAGAUCGCAAGGACCCCCUCAGGACUCAUCAAGCACUGACAGGGGGCAGCCCCGGGUCUGGAGGUGCUGGAGCAGAAGCUGAAGGUGAAGCUGAAGGAGUAAUCCAUGAGGAGCAGGAGGAAGAAGAAGAUGAAGCCGGGUUAGAGGGGGUAGACGGGUCGCUGGGGGCGCCAACUUUGAUUCCGGGAGCGGAGGCGGGCAGUUGCGGCGACACGCCGUCUGAGCAGGAAGUAGAAAGUUUUGGACAAGGAAUGAGAGUGAACGGACAGUGAAUGCCUCUCACUUUGUGAAAUCUGUUUAACACCGCUUUUCUUUUUGCUUGCUCUCUUACUCUUAACAUCUCGCCCACCACUCUUUCUUCUCCUCUGUGCUUCCUCAACAGCACAAAAAAAUCUGCGCUCUUAGGUCUUACUAUACAGGAAUUUUUGUCACACGUGCAUGCGGACACGUGUGCUUGUGUACACGCAUUCAAAAAAAGAAAGUACAACACUGGCAGUAUUAGCAGACACAGGCAUUGCAUCCACACUUAACACAAAAACAACCACCUCUGCUCCACCCUUUUUUCCAUAUAUUCUGUGUUUACUCAGUGCUUCUGCACCCGCAGCCAUAUCACAAAGGCCUGAUAGUUGAACAAAUGGCUGAAUGAUUCAUCACUUCAGUGUAAUACAAAAGCAGCAGCUGCUUCACUGGCAGUCUAUGGUGUGUGGUGUUAUGGUUUGUAAAGUGAUUCCUUUGUCUUAAAAAGCUGCGUCUGAAAGUAACCGAGAAAAUGUUCAGAAAAGCAGAUCAGAGAGAAACACUCGCAAGGAAGCUGAUUUGGCAGUUUUCCACCUCUUUUUAUUUAAGCGUAUGGUAAAUAUGUAGGAGUGUCCCUACAAAGAUUGUAUUGUUGUUGUUUGAGGUCGAGUCCUCAGUUAACACCCUUAAAGAGAACAAGUUUCUUUCCGUUAAAACUACAUAUUUGUGGUAAAGAUUAGGGAAGUUUUUUCCCCGAAUCCUAAAUAACUCUCCACAAUCUGACAAAUUAUCUAUCACAUGGAGUCGUUUUGUCAUGCAGUUCAUACUCGUGACAAAUGGGAGUAAAUCGUCAAUGUGAUGCCUGUGUCUGCUUCAGACUGCUUCUUUUUAACUACCCAUACACGGACAUACACACAAAGUGCGUACAACUCUCACCUUAGGAAACAAGCCUUCGAUACCUGCACACAUGCAUUGAACAAACACUUUCCAAAAGUUUGAGAAAAGCUGUCUUACUUUUACAGAAAAAAAAAAAACUCUUUUACAGUCACUCAUCACCAUGACUUGGAAACACAGAGAAAGACAUGAACAGCAACAUGCAUUAAAUCCAAGCUUGUAUGCAUGACUACAAACAGAGAAUUAAAGAAAACAAACAGCAAAGCCACAAACAUGCAUCCAGAUAAGAAAACAGCUACUAUUGCCUCAAGUUACGCCAUUAAUACGCAAAAAAAAAGAGACUUUUUCUGCCAUUUCUCACUGGGAUGUGACGUCAGAAGUGACCCGGGUGUGACCCAGGAUUAACUGUUUUUUACACUGGAAUUUUUCUUUAUUUUUAUCUUUUAAUAAAGCUACCAAGUCACCACAAUUAUAGGAGGCUGGAUAUGUAUGAAGCUGUGGGAAAGGGAAAGAGAGAGGCACUGUUUGUGCUGAAUAGUUGUGAGGUUUUGCCCCCAUUCUGUUUUAAUUUUCUUUUUAUCCCCUGUUGUUAGGGGGGUUGGGGGGUAAAUUAUUGACAUAUAAGAGCGAUUUCUGCUAGCUUGUUGCAUUUGCACUUAAAAAAAUGCUCAAAAGUGUGAAACCAAGGCAAAAUGGAACUAUACGCGAGACUGAAAGAUGUCCUCCACGUCACUGAUUAUUUAUUUGAUACAAAGAUUGUGGGUCUGGAAAGAAGAAAAAUGGUCUUUCGGACGCUAAAUGUUCUCAUAAGGGGGAAGGGAAGGGGCUGAAUGAGUCUAACAGAGACAUAAAACCUGUAUUUUCUUUUUUGAUAUCCGUUUUCAUGCUUUCUGCCCUUUGCAUUGAUUUUAGGAGAUACACUAUUGUAUGUUUUUUCAUUGUUUCUCUUUAAAUUCUGAUCAGUGUCAAAACACAUUAAAUCAGAAUAGACCCUCCAAGCACUUAGUGUUUGAAAAAAAUCAAGUGAAUCAAUUUGAAGCAUAGGCAGACGACAGAGCUUAGAAAAAAAAGAGACUAAAUAUGCCCAUCUAAAUUUGAUCUUUGCUUAUGCUUCAGAGCUGUGCAACCUGAAAGUUCAUUUUUUCUCUAUUGGAGAAGCUCGAGGAUGUCCCUGCACAAGAAACACAGGGUUAAAAUUUGCACUGUGUGAGGUAAAACAUUGACAGUAUAUUUUUCUUUCUUUGAAAAGACAUGAAGAAGGAAACUGGGCUGUUAAGAAUGGCUGAAGUGAUGAAUGAAUGUAAACUGUAGCACUGUGUCGAAUAGGGAUCCAAGUCAUGAUCAAAUAUGGUCAAAAAACUUUUUAUACAACCCGUUUUGUCCCUGAAUUGUAUAUCCUAAAAAGAUAGGCCAUAUAUCUUAAAUUGACUGUGACUUUUUCUUUCUUUCUUUUUUUACUUUGGGUGAACAAGUCUUCCAAUGUGGAAAACAACAGGGAGCCUUUCCCUCAUAUACAGAAAACUGAGCGUUAGCUUGUAUAUAUGUUUGUAUAUAUAUAUACUUAAAAAAAUCUGGGAAAUAAUUUCUUUAUCUCAUUAAUUUAUUUUGCUUGGAUUCCUAAAGUUGUUGAUUUUUUUUUUUAAACACAAUAAGUGUUUAGACAUGUUUAUUGUUUUUGGUGACUUCGGUAACGGUCUUCCCUAAAUGUAUACGUGAGUAAUUUUGGAAUGUAAUGAUGACUAAAACGAGCCACUUAACCAGCCUUUCGCCCCCUCAGUCUAAACCUGUGAAGUCUGCUAUUCAGCCGUGCAGAAAGCGUGACAUUUAUAGUCUUUCUUGCUUCUUAUUUUAAUACACUUAAUCGUUGCUUUGGGUGAGUUUAAGAUCAAUGUUCAAACAGGAAAAGUGCUACACAGCCAUCAUUUUUAGUCAGCUAAAUAGGAUGAAAAAAUAAAUCAAAGCUGUUAGUAACCCAAGGUUGGAAACAUUGAAAUACUCCACUAUGGUGAUAAAGGGGUGUGGAGCAGUGCCUUAGACUGUGACUGUGUGGGUGUAGGACACAGGCAUGACUGGUUUUUGAAGCCUUUACUUUUAAGUUCAAAAUCAACAGCCUCUUAAAACAUUUGCCCAUUUUUUUCAUAGUUCUUUCGAGGAAAAAAACCAAACCUGUUUACUUUAAAGCUUCUGUAAGAAACUUCCCUUUUUGUUUUGAAUAUAUCACCUCUGACAUCUUUUCUGAUUCUGUCUUACACUUACUUUUGCAGUUACCCCCCUUUACACAAAUACUAGCUUUAGAAAAAGUUGUUAAUACCAGUGGUUCUGGGUGUUGAAAAUCCAAAUAUCGACAAAGUCAAAGUUACCGUCAAUGAUCUUGUUUGCUUUUGUAGGUCAUAAAAAGCCAACACAUUCAAUUUGAAACUGUUUCAUAGCUAGAGGAAUAAUUCCUCAUUGGGGCUUGAAUAAAGUACAUCAAAACAUUGAUAGCAAUCAAUAGUCAAUGAGAAAAAAAAACACGCAAAAAAAGUUAUUUUCAAAGGUUGAACUUGUUCACUCCCAUUUUAAAAUCAGAGAUGGCGCUUUAAGGACAGUUUUUUAUUGACCUUAAAAAUUGUUCAUCCUAUUCAUAGUUUUUAGUACAGAAUGUACAUUGUUUGUCUGCCCAACUCCUUAAAAAUGCCAACAAAAAAUGUCUGUACUUUGAGGAAAAACUGUCCCUUCUUUUGUGCUUAGGAUCUUUUUUCUUGUGCAGGGUGAAUUUGAACGUAAACGAUGUUGCACUAUAAACUGAGAAAUUCUCGGAGAAUGUCACAGCUAACCCUUUGGAACAACGAGCUCUAUUUUGGGUGGUAAGAAGAAAAAUAAUGUAUGACAUUAAAUGUAUUUUUUCCUGUAACUUGGAUCAAAACCAGUGUCUCCUUCACAGCAAAUCAUUAUUUUCUUAUUGACAGUCACCUGAAUGAUCAUGGAGAGUGACAAAACUAGAGAUAGAGUGGGACUGAUAGUCAAGAAGAAACUAUUUUCACCAACAUUUCUUUGCAAAUAAAUUGUAACUCACUUUGUAAAAAAUGUUCACUUCAUCCCCCAUUACUGUCAAACUGAUGGGCACAGUGGUGUUUGGUAGGUUGAGAGGUUUAUCUGAAAAACAACACAUCUAUAUGCAAAGAGACACUUGUAUCAUAAACUGCAUGCCACUCAGACACUCACUGGAACCCGAUGAAACCUCUGAUCUUUAUGCACCAUGUAUUUUAUGCUGAAUAACUGUUGUCACUGUUAGCAAACAAAGACAAAGGAGUCUUGCAAUGAAUGGGGCUGUGUUUUUUUAUCGCACACCCCAGCCUUUUUUUUCUGAAUGUUUGAUAAAGUAGUGAUAAAGAGUGGAAUUACAUUGACUAACUACCCGGUUGAGUGUGCAGAUAAGUCUGCAGCAGACUCAGAGAAAAAUGCACUAAAAGUUUGUAUGUGUAUGUGUGUGUCUUUGAAAAAUAACGCCAGCACUUUAGAACUACUUAGAAAAAAUGAAUCAAGAGUGGACAAAAGGUUGGGAGGAGGAAACUUUUAAAGCCAUGUGUUCAGAGCGCUGACAAUCAGAAUAGGAAUGAGACCCAAAGUGCAUUAUGGGAGAUCUGACAUGACUUGCUGUGCUCUUUGCUGUUCGCUUCGUCUUUCUCCGGCUUGCUUUGGUCUGUGCUAGCUUACUUUCCAGAGUGAAGGGGAUGUGGUGUUGCUAACUCCAGCCUCCUUGGUUAUAAGUGUGUCUCUGCAACAAGGACUGACGGACAUGUUUGACACCUUGGUGCUUCGUGAACAGAGCUGUCCCGUUUGGACAUGGACUAUAUAUCUGUCAUGCUCUGGUUGGCAUGUGCUGAACCAGAGAGUCUGGGACGGGACUAUUUCAGUGUUGAUACUGCUCUAUGUUUCAAAAUGUUAAAAUGUUUAUGCGCCUUCUGACUCAAGCAUCAAUAAUAUAUUCAACGGAAAUGCAAGUUGCCACUUUUGAUGUUGCAUAAGAAUCUACCUUUCAUUCCCAUCAUGGUAUCUUCCAUCACAAGUUUCAGUUGUGUAGUCUGAGAGUAUCUGAUUUCUUUAAAUGCAAUACAGAAAAAUCUGCUUUCUAAUAAAAAUCCUGACUUCACCAAACACUUCUCUUUUUCUUUGCAAUCGAUUCAUUUUUCAGACUUAUUUGUGUCUCUAAAGAAACAUGCAUAACUUAAGCUGUUUGU